ACAAUUUCCAAACCCACACUACAAUUUUUAUCUUACUUAAUUAAAGCAAUCCCUUCUCAAUAUCUUGCAAGAUGAGUACUCUUCCAACUAUUUUCAUCUUGAUCUCCCUUUUCGCCACAAUCAAUCAUGCUAUCGAAAUUGAUUACUGUGUAGGCGAUUCUAAUCUUCCUAGAGGUCCUGAAGGAUAUGCUUGUAAAAAUCCUUCUACACUCACAACUGAUGACUUUGUUUUUACUGGAUUUCGUGGCGAAAGAACUACUAAUAGCAUUUUUCGAAACAACAUUACUCUAGCAUUUGCAAAACAGUUUCCGGCCAUAAAUGGAAUGGGCAUAUCCAUGGCAAGGCUAGACCUUGGUGUUGGCGGUGUUAUUCCGGUACAUUCUCACCGUACAUCCGAAAUCAUUGUUAUCAUAAAAGGUACUAUCAUCGCAGGGUUUAUUGACACAACAAACACUGCAUACUAUAAAAAGUUAGAGGUUGGAGAUGUCAUGAUAUUCCCACAAGCUAUGCUUCAUUUUCAAAUUAAUGCUGGUGAUACUCCAGCCAUGGCUAUUGUUAGCUUAAAUGGCGCUAGCCCAGCAGUACAACAAACUUCCUUUUCUCUUUUUGCUGGUAAUUUACCUUCUAAGUUAGCUGAGCAAAUCACUCAUUUAAGUCACGAGGAAGUCACCAGAAUGAGAAAGCUAUUUCAAUCUGCUUAAAAAUUAUCAUAUUGAAAAUUAUUGUUUUAAAUGUAAUCAAUUUAUCUAUUUAAUUAUCAAGUGUGCAAGUUUCAAUGUAAAAUAAAAUCCAAGUGUGACAUUAUAGAAUUCUAAUGAUAAUAACAAAUGAUUCUUUUACUAGUA